UUUUGCCUUGAGCCAGGGAUGUGAAUUUUAUUUUGAAAGUAUAAUCAGUCUAUUAAUAUUGAUUGGCUAGCAGGCACAAGCGCUUCGUGUACCUACUGAAACAUUACUCAGUGUUACUUCCGACGUGCUCGUGUGAAUAGUGUGAUACGUGGAGAUCUCUAAGAUGUACUUAAUCCUCGCUAUACUCGCCAUUGUUACCUACCUGCUAUGGGUAACCCUUGACCGGCGUGGUAAACCUCCUGGCCCCUGCGGUCUACCCAUCAUAGGGUAUUUACCUUUCAUCAAUUCGACCAAACCCUACGAAACACUUACGAACCUCGCCAAACGGUACGGGCCCAUCUACAGCCUCCAGAUGGGUCAGGUGGAUGCGAUCGUUCUUACUUCCUCCGAACUCAUCCGGGAUACUCUGAAACGCGAGGAAGCAACCGGACGUGCACCACUAUUCAUCACCCACGGGAUAAUGGGAGGAUACGGAAUCAUCUGCGCAGAAGGCAAUCUGUGGCGCGAUCAACGGCGUCUUUCAACCGAAUGGCUGCGCAAGAUGGGCAUGACUAAAUUCGGCCCAGCGCGUUCAACACUCGAGGCCCGCAUCGUAAUCGGUGUGAAUGAACUCGUACAGGAUUUGAAAUGGGAAUCGGAGAAAGUGUUUGCCUUCGAUCCUGCACCGUUGGUGCAUCAUAUUCUAGGAAAUCUGAUGAAUGACAUCGUCUUCGGACUGAAAUACGAACGGGAUGAUGCAACGUGGCGGUACCUUCAGCACUUACAGGAGGAAGGCGUCAAACAUAUCGGAGUCUCGAUGGCGGUUAAUUUUCUACCGUUUCUAAGACAUCUGCCUUCGAGCAAAAGGAUAAUUGAAUUUUUAUUAAAUGGCAAAGCAAAAACUCAUAAAAUUUACGACUCGAUCAUCGAAGAACGACGUAGGACGCUGCUGGAUGGUGGCAAGGAGAAGGAUGCCGAGGUCAGUGACCGGCAGCAUGAUAGCAUCCUGUCGAAUUUCGUGCAGGAAACUCGAAAACGAGAAUCCAGCGGCCGCCCAGAGCUAGCUUUCUGUGGUGAUGCUCAGCUUCGGCAUCUGCUGGCGGAUCUAUUCGGUGCAGGUGUUGAUACAACAUUUACGACUCUCCGCUGGUUGAUGCUGUUCAUGGCCCUGAAUAAGGAUGCACAGAAACGGCUGCGGCAGGAAAUGGGCAGCAAGCUUCACGGUGAACCUAGCUUGAACGAUGUGGACUCUUUGCCGUACCUGAAGGCUUGCGUGGCUGAAACACAACGAUUGAGGACGAUUGUUCCGCUUGGAAUCCCUCACGGGACGGUUUCGGACAUAUCAAUCGCUGGUUACAAAGUUCCCAGGAAAUGCAUGAUAAUACCGCUACUUUGGGCGGUGCAUAUGGAUCCCGCCUUGUGGUCCAACCCGGAACGCUUCGAUCCGGAGCGCUUCUUGGAUGAAGCUGGACAGUAUGUUGCACCAAAUCAUUUCAUGCCAUUCCAAACCGGAAAGCGGAUGUGCCUUGGUGACGAACUGGCACGAAUGAUUCUGCAUCUUUACGCAUCUCGCAUUUUCUGGCAAUUUGAGUUGGAUGUAUUCAACGGAGAUGCCAUCGAUCUAACCGGCAUAUGUGGAAUCACCCUUACCCCUCCACCGUAUCAGAUAAUGUUCAAGGAAUGUUCACCGAAAUGAUUUAAUAAA